CCAGUUCCUGCCUUCUGUGUAUUUAGAGUGGAGAACCUUGCUUGCAUUUAGAACCAGAACAAAGAUCCCAGAUGGAACAAGGUUUGAUGCUUUUAGUCAGAAGUAUCAGUGACUAAAGGGCACCUCAUGUCUACAUUCCGAGCAGCUCCUCCUUCGGGCACAAAAGCAGCACCAGCACCUCCUGGGGCUCCCUCUGCUUCCAAAGAGGAGGCCAAAGAGGAGGAAGACAGCAGUGAGCUUCCCGCUGCUCUGGGAGACGAGGGCGAACUUCCCUCAGUGCCGGGAGAUGACAGUGAACUUCCCGCUGCUCUGGGAGACGAGGGCGAACAUCCCGCGGUGUGGGAAUGCAACGGCGAGGCUCCCGCGGGGUGGGACAAGGACAGGGGACAUCUCCCGGUGUGGGACGAGGACGGUGGAUGUGCCCUGGAGUGGCCCCAGAAUGGCCAAGCUCCCACGGAGUGGGAGGAGGACAACGGACAAUUCGCAGUGUGGGAUGAGGAUGGACGACAUCUCCAGGUAUGGGAUGAGGAUGGAGGACAUGUCCCGGUGUGGAAUGAGGAUGGAGGACAUCUCCCAAUGUGGGACGAGGACAACGGACAUCUCCCGGAGUGGGAUGAGGAUGGAGGACGUCUCCCGGAGUGGGAUGAGGAUGGAGGACAUCUCCCAGUGUGGAAUGAGGAUGGAGGACAUCUUCCGGAGUGGGAUGAGGAUGGAGAACAUCUCCCAGUGUGGGAUGAGGAUGGAGGACAUCUCCCAGUGUGGGAUGAGGAUGGAGGACAUCUCCCGGAGUGGAACGAGGACAACAGACAACGCGCAGUGUGGGAUGAGGAUGGAGGACAUCUCCCAUCGCCCAUCCUCCUCCCACAGGAUGGAGGACAUCCUGUGUCUUGGGAAGAGGAGAGUGAACAUCUCCCAGCAUGGGAAGUGGACAGUGACCAUCCCCUGGCUUGGAAAGAUGAUGGCGAACCUGCAGCAUUUUGGGAAGAGGAUGGAGAAGCUGCAGCAUUUUGGGAAGAGGCUGGAGAACCUCCCUCUGCUUGGGAAGAGGACAAUGAAGCUCCCUCCGCUGCGGGAUCCUGGGCUGAACAUUCUGACAGCAGCACAGCCCUGCAGCCAGAGGGGAGAGGGGAGUGGUGCCUGAUGCAGCUGAGGAACACCGUGAGUGAGGCGGAGCCUGGCCAGAAAUACCUGGAGGUGGAGCAGAUUGGCCAAGGGGCUUUCGGAACCGUUUACAAAGGACUCGACAGGGCCACUGGAGGAGAGGUGGCCAUCAAGAAAAUGAGUCUCAGAGGGCAGAACAGGGAACGAGCUGUGAAUGAGAUCCUGCUCCUGAAGGACAAGAAGAACCCCAACAUUGUCAAAUUUCUGGACAGCUUCCUUGUUGAUGGAGAUGUCUGGCUGGUGAUGCAAUACAUGGAUGGAGGAACUUUGCAGGAUGUUGUCAGACAGAUACGCAUGGCUGAAGGAGAGAUGGCAGCUGUCAGUCGGGAGUGUCUGCAGGGCCUGGAUUUCCUCCAUUCCAACCGGGUGAUCCACAGGGAUCUGAAGAGCUCCAACAUCCUCCUGAGCAUGGACGGCUCUGUCAGGCUGGGUGGGUGUUCCUGGCCAGGCACAGCUCUCCCGGGCUGCGGGUGUGGGGCUGCUUCCCAGGGAGGGCCAGAGCCCCACAAGGGCUGCUGGGGGCACUGCCCGGCCCCUGCUGCCAGCUGA